AGCGUCCCUGCGCGCAUGCGCGUGGAGAGCGGCCUGUGGGAAGGGGAACGGCCGGUUGGGAGAAGGGAUGGAGGCGUGAGGGAAGCCUGCCUUUUGCCUCGCCGGACUGUUUGCCUCGCCAUGUUCCGCGCCGGCAGCAGCGGGCUGCCGAGCAUGUCCUCGUCGUUGUCCUCCAGCCGGGCCAAAGAGAGCGGCAGCAGCAGCAGCUCGGGCUCCCGCUCGUCCCGCUCGGGGCCCUCCCGAGGCCGCAGCCCCCCGCGCCGCUCGCCUUCGCCGCGGAGCCGCACCAGCCGGCGCCGCCACCGCUCCCGCUCCCGCUCCCCCUCCGGAAGCCGCGCCUCUCGACGCUCGCCUUCCCCGCGCCGCAGCAGCCGGAGAUAUUCCCCGGGACGACGCUCUCACUCCCCAGGCCGACGUUCUCGCUCCGCGGGACGGCGCUCUCGCUCCCCGGGACGGCGCUCUCGCUCCCCGGGACGGCGCUCUCGCUCCCCGGGACGGCGCUCUCGCUCCCCGGGACGGCGCUCUCGCUCUCCAGGACGGCGCUCUUGCUCCCCACGCCGUUGCUCUCACUCCCCACGCCGCCGCUCCCGUUCGCCAGGACAGCGUACUCGUUCUCCAGGACAGCGCUCUCUAAGUCGACACUCUGAAUCUUCAGUGGAACAGAACUUGCAAAUCACAGUUGGCAAUGACCGUUAUGGCAUUGACACACCUGAGAGAAAGAGGCUAUGUGAUAGACUAGGCUCGCCAGUUGAUAGUUUGAGUGAUGUGGACAGGGAUGACUUGGCUGAUGGUCCAAUAUUUAGCAGGAGUCUUUCACGUUCUCAAAGCCUUGAGCGAUAUCCCUCCCGUGAAGAAAAUCUUUCUAGUCCUUUUCAUAUGAGACAUGAUGAAGAUUAUCACAGUAGGGAUGUUUUUGUCCACCAGCUGGGCUAUGGCAUAAACUAUGAGCAUCUACAGGAUAAACACAGAGAAACUGAUCGAGAUGGUGAAAUGCUUAGAAAACCUUUAUAUUCAUCAGGAGAUAGAGGAAGAGAGACAAAGCAUCCCCGAUAUGAUAGAGAUGACAACCUGCUUGAUGCAAGUGUAAAGACUCAAGGUUUCUUACCAGGCAUGCGAAACUACCGUAAACGAAGUUUUAGUAGAAGCCCAAGUCCAUCAUAUGUAGACAAAUAUUUCCAUGAGCUUGAAAGUGUUAGGAGAAGAAAGGAAAAGGAGGAGCUAAGCAGAAAUUUGAUUCGGGAAGUGCCUGGCAAUGGCUACACAAUGCCUAGCUCAAGUAAUCCUGUACAGUCUUCUGAACCCCGAUACCUUUAUAGACCUGAUGAUGCACCAACAAUGCCUAAAAAAUCAAUCUUAAAGAAACGUGUGGAAGAACCUUCUGUGCAGCCUGAAGUCUUUCCUAGCAGUUCUGUCAAAGAGCCGCCAUUUCUUUCAAAUCCUUCUUUACCGCAGCAUAGCAGCAUUCCUGCAUUUGCUCUGGAAGUGGAGAAUUUCCUCAAACGGUUCAACAAAAAUGCAGUUGCAGAGUCGGCUACUAAUAAGACUUCUCAGGGAUCUUUGCAUGACUGGCAACCACUCUCUGAGCAACAGCAAAAUGCUUCUCCAUUUGAACAGAACUCAGGCAGUUUUUUAUCACAGAAGGACCAUCACGAGUCAGUAUUAGAACCUGCUGACCCACAGUCUGACUUCUUGCUCCCUCAUGAAAAAGCCAGCCAGGAUGGGAGUGGCUUUUCACGCAUUUUGAGCAUGAUGGCAGAUUCUACCAGUACUCAAGAAAAAAGAAGGCGCAGCUUCCCUGAUGACAUUGAGAAUGAAGAGAAAUUUCUUUAUGGCAAUGAUGAUGAUGAUGAAGAUUCCAACAUUACUUCCGCCAGUACUCAAAAACUAACACCGAUUGAUGUUAAAGAGCCUGUGCAGCCGAAAGUAAGUUUUCCACCUCCAGCAGUGAAGCCAGACACUUCAGAAGAAUCUCGGCCGGAAUACGAGAAGAUUCAUGAUUUGCUCAAAACUAUUGGUCUUGAGAUUGGAGUGGCUGAAAUUGGCAAGCUAGCUGCCCGCACUCAGGAACGACUCCAUGGGAAAAAGACAUCUCAUUCUCCUGAUUGCUAUUCAGUAGCUUCUCAUAAACCGGAAUUUCGGGAAAUUCACCGCAGUAGAAGCAAUACUCAUUCUCCAGAGCCAAGUCAAAAGUGUUCUCUUUCACCUUCUAGCUCUUUCCCACCAUCUACAGAUUUGUCCUCUGUUUCAGUAUCUGAUCACACUAAAAAUAAAGGACAGGAUAAUCUUGCUGGCACAUUGGAUCGUUCGAUUCCCCCAAUACCAGUAAUUCCAUCAGCUCCACCUUCUCUUCCUAAUUUGUCUCCUUCUACCUCUGUUUCCCAGUAUAAUGUUUCACGCUUUCCGCCAUUCACUCCAACUCAGUUAUCUCAAAACUAUCCAUCUCCUACAAUGCCACCUCCUGGCUAUGAUGCAUAUGGGCACUAUAUGGCUUAUGCAGCUUCUGGAUGGCCCAUGUAUCCUCAGCAGGCUCAGAAUGAACCUGCACAUUCUGACGUACAUGGACUUGUCACGCUGACAGCACCACCAAAUCCUUCACGACCCAACCUUAGGGUUAUUGAGACAAUUUCCACGACCAAAGGGACUCCUGAAAUGAGGAGAGAUGAGUCUGUGCUUGUGCAAAUCCCUACUGCCACUUCUUACUCCAAAAUGCAGCCUCAGUCCUCUCAGCCUUCUUUCAAAACUGUCAAGGAAAGACUAUCUGAUGAAAGAAAUCGAGCUUCUCAGAAGCAAAAAGUAAUAGAGGAAAGAGAGAAGUUGAAGGCAGAACAAGAUGCACGACAGAAGAAGCUGCAUUAUCUUAGGACGGAGUUAAAUAGGCUCUCAAAGCAGCAAGGGGAAAUGCUGCGGAAGAAACGCAGGGAAAAAGAUGGACACAAAGACCCUUUGCUAGUGGAAGUAAACAGACUACAAGAAAACAUCAUGAAGGAGAUUGAUCAACUGAAAAUGAAUGCUGAUGCUGCAGAGAAAAAACAAUCUGAGCUUGACAAGGUAGCUCAGAUCCUGGGGAUUAAUAUAUCUGAGAAAUCCCGAAAAUUAUCUUCAGAAAAUAAAGACCUUUCAGAAAAAAACAAGUCAGAAAAUGCAAAAAAUCAGGAGAGAACUUCUGGCUCAAUCAAGGAAUCUAAAACAUCUCAUGAGAAGCCUCAGUCUAAGAGCCCCAAACCUACUGACUCCUCUUCACAACCAUCAAAGCAGCAUCUCCAGGCGACCAGUAUUUAUGACUACUAUGAUACAGGGAAUCAUUGGUGUAAGGAUUGCAACACCAUCUGUGGGACCAUGUUUGAUUUCUUCACACAUAUGCAUAAUAAGAAGCAUAGGCAGACCCUGGAUCCAUACAACAGACCAUGGGCUUCAAAGAUUGAAAAUGAAACAAAACAGGACAUUACAAAGCGCAUUGACAAAAUACCUGUUCCUGCUAAAGGUUGUGAAUUUCUAAUCCCAAUCACUGGAUAUUACUGCCAGCUCUGCCAUGAAUUUUUUGGAGACCAGAUAUCUGCAGAACAACAUAUGAAAAGUCACCCACAUAAUGAGAAAUAUAUGAAACAUAUUGAAGAAAAUCCACUCUAUGAAGAAAGAAGGAACCUGGAUCGUCAAGCAGGGUUGUCUGUGAUUCAAGAAACAGAACGGAGACUGAAACGGAAACAGAGUGAAAAACAAAAGGAUGAAAAAUAUGAAAAAACAGCAAAAACACCAAGGAAAGAGGAACUAAAGAGUGUCAAUGAGCUAGGAGAUGGAAAUAAGGAAUAUGAUGCUAAUAAAAAGAGAGAAGUUCCUAGUGGCCAAAAAAGUGGAAUUAAACUUAGGUUAAAGAAGGAUGACAAAGAAAUUGUGAAAAAGGAAGGGAAAAAAGAGGACUCGCCACAGGAAUCAAAGGUAUCGUCUUUUGGAAAGUUCAGCUGGAGGAAGACCGAGAAAGAGGAAAAAAAUCAAGUUAAAGAUGUGGAUCUUUUAAAGGAAGAAAGUACCGAGGAAUGCAAAGAUAAAGACAGUAAGUCCCAGUCUGGAAAAUCAAAUUCAAAGCCCAUUGCAAUUAAGUUGUCUGGGAAAACUGUUAUCCCACACACUAGUACCUGGACACCAGUUGUUUCAACUUCAUCACAAGCAAAAAUCAAACCCAAUUUGCCAGUCCCCACAAUGGUUCUUAGGAAGUCUGCAACUACAACAGUAAAUAAGCCAGCUCCUUUAAACACUUUUCUGUCUAUAAAAUCUUCUGGUGCCAGCAACAAGCCACUUCCUUUUGUUAAAGAAGGGAACCAAGAAGUUGUUCUAGCUCCAGAUAUUAUUUCAAAAGCGUUUGGGGGAGAAGUAGUUGACUUAAAAGGUUCACAAGAAGAUGCAAAGACAGCAGAACAAGUAGAGGACAAAGAGCUUGAAAGUGUGAAAAAGGCCAUAGCACAUGCAAAGGGUUUGGAAGAGGCAAAGAUGAGUGCAAUAAGAGCACAGCUGGAGGAGGCAGCUGCUUUGGCUCAAGCAAAGGCCAAGGAAUUUGCUAUAGCAAAGCAAAGAAUGAUAAGAAUGGCAAAGAAAAAUGAGCAGUCUUUAAUUUUUGAAAGAUCAAAACAGCAUCGUCCUUUUCUUUCACUCCCAGCAGGACCACUACGGCCACUAAGUCAACAACUACAAUCUCCAGUAUUAUAUCUCCUUCCAUCCUUCCCACCACCAAAGCAGGCGGUUAUCUUGGCAGAUGAUUUGGCUCCUGGUGUUUCUGAAGAUGAUAAAAAUAUACUGGCAAUGCCCAUGUGUCCCCGCCCUUUACCACCUCCAAAUAUUUUUAGGAACCAUACCCAAAAAUUAGAAAAAAAGAAUACUUCCUUGGCAGCAGGCAAUGCUCAAGACUUAUAUGACGUCUUCUACAACAGCACUGUGAGGAGUCCAGCUGACAGCAAGCUUGUAAAUUCCUCAAAUUCAGAUAAAGGGAAAUUUAAUUCUGUUGAGAAAGAGAGAAAAAAUGACAUGCUGGCAAGUUCCAAAGUAGGAGACAGCUCUUCAGGACAACAGUCUUCCCAUAAUGUAUGCAGCUCUUCAAGCGAUCCCAAAAACCCCUUAGAUGGAGAGGCAUUAGAAAAAGAGAAACCAAAAACUGAGGAAGUGUUGGCAGUCUGUGAAGAAAGUUCUAGCAUUGAUAGGAAAUCAGACAAUAUCCCUUUUUCAGACACUCAGUCUGUAUUUGGGAAUAAGAAAGCUCCAGAAUAUAAUGUUAUCUUAGCAAGUGACCCUCUUUCCUUUCAAAAGGACAUAGUGAUGGGAGCUUCUACUCUGACUGACUCUAGCAAGAAGUCACCCCAUCCUGAAAAAGCAGAAUUUGUUGCACAGGUGUCAGAAAAUAAUACUCCUGUUUUGGCAAGUGAUAGCAAGAAGCCACCAGAGCUUGCAAAAACAGUGUCUGAAUCUUCUGGUGGUAACACAUUGACUAUGCAGUUAGAAGACACCAUUGGACUUCUAGAAGGUAUUAACAUGAAGCCAUUAAAAUGUGAGACAUCAGAAGUAGCCAUGGAAACUUCAGAAAGCAGUGUUUUACCUUUGAAGGUUGAUAAUAAAAUGUCAUCAGAGCUCAAUAUAGCUGAAUGUCAAUAUCCUGAUGAUAACAAGUUAACCAUACAGUUGCUAGAAAACAUUGCUGUACCUGUGGAAAAUGUUAACAUGAAGUUAUUGGAAUGUGAGACAUCAGAAAUAGUAACACCCUUUUCAGAAAACAAGGCUUCUGUUUUGGAAGUUAAUUUGAGCAAACCAUUAGACAUUGAGCAACCAGAAUUUGAAUGUAAUGAUAGCAAGUUUGCCAUACAGUUAUCAGAAAACAUUGCACCUGUAGAAGAUGUUAGCAUAAGGUCAUUAAAAUGUGAGGCAUCAGAAAUAAUUAAGCAGUUUUCAGAAAGCAAUGCACCUUUGGAAUGUGAUAACAAGAAGCCAUCAGAGCUUGAGAUAGCAGAGUUUAAGUGUCCUGAUGAUAAAGAGUUAGGAAUGCAAUUAUUAGAAAACACUGUUGCUCUGGCAGAAGAUUUGAGCAAGAAAAAAACAGAGCUUGAAACAGCAGAAUUGGCAGUGCCAUUGCCAGAUAGUGAUGCUACUACUUUGGAAGAACUUCCCAAGAAUCCACUGGUACCUGAGACUGUAGAGUUUAAAUCUGCAGAUAAUUUUGCUAUGCCAUUGUCAGAAGACAGGCUUGCUCCUUUAGAAGAUGCUAUCAUGAAAACAACAGAAUUUGAGAUGGAGGAAUUUAGUUCUUCUAAUGAAAAAGAGUCAGCAGUACAAUUGCCAGAAAAAGACAGUGAUUUUAAUAAGAAACCUAUAAUGAGAUAUGAUAAUGUAACAAAUUGUAAAGACACUGAUGGGAAGCUACAAGACCAGCAGAAUAUGGGAGGUUGUGAUAAGUCCAAGUUAGAAAAUAAUGACAGUGAUUUGGAAAUGAAAGCAUCUGUGACAAGUUCAGGAGAGAGAGAUUCAGAAAUAAGAGAUCCAGAAUCAGCAGAACAUCCUUUUGUACCGAAUCGGGGAGACAGUCCAAAGUUAUUUGAACUGCAAAUUGAGGCUAACAAAGAAGGAUCUGUUAGAAUAGAAGGCAAGCAAAAUGCUGGAACCUCUGAAGUCAUAGCUUCUACUUCAGUUUCAGAUGUGCAAAAUGAACUGGUCUGGAAUUCAUGUUUAAAAGGGAAUGAGGAAGACCUACAAAUCAUAGUAACAGAUCAAACUUUUUCGAAAGAACCAUUACUUAAUCUAAAAGUAGAUACUGUGAGAUUUGAUAAGCUUGAAUUAGCAACAGCCAGUGAUGAAAUUCCUCAGACUUCUGAGAUUGAAAACUUAGAUACAGAAUAUAAUCUUUUAAAUAAAGGUGACCCAGAUUCUUUCCAUUCUAACAGAGAACAAGAAUUGAUGGUUAGUUCUCAAACAAAGGAUGAUAAAAGGUUUUAUGUUGAUGGUCCAGAAUUAGGAAAGAUACCAAAUGAAUGCCUUACUAAUGUAGCAUUGAUAAGUAAUAUACUAGAGAAACAUGAAGAAAUAAAUCAGCAGCCAGUAAGUGGUGAAGGCAAGUGUCUUCAAAGUGAGGAAGUUUUGAGGAGUAUUUCUUCAACAAAUGACGGUGUACCUAGUUCCAGUGUAGAAUUCAUAUGUAUUAAAAAUGAUACGUAUGAAACUUUAAGCUCUGACACGGAAUUAAAUGGCAAUGGGGAGAAUAGUGUUGCAGAAACAGAAAAUGUGAGUUCUUCCAAUGUUCAUUCAGAAACUGUCCAAGAAUCGUUAGAUGCUCUUUCGACAGAAAUUAAUGUUGGGCCUCUUGGAGAUGGCACCCUUACCUUUACAGAUAUUAACACUGGAGUCUUAAAUACACCAGCAGUUGGUGACUUUGACUUGAAUUCCACUUGCUCAGCAAUUGGCUUUCAUCAGUCUACAACCCUUACUCUGAAUUUAAAUAUAGAAAAUGAGAGAGACUCUCCAAAAUCUGAUGAAAUAAAGCCUUCUGACACCCAUAGACUGAAAGCUGGUCUGGACUCCAUCAAUUUCAGGCUGGGGGAUAUUGAAAUGGAACAUGAACCCUUAGGUAUUCUACCAUCUGAAAUUCUAAAUGAGGAUAUUGUAGAUAGCCCAAAGUUAGAAAUGGUUCCUCCAAUUUCUUUGGAAUCUAGCAAAACUACUGAGUUGGACAUUGACCGACUGGUAGUUGAAUCAGAAAUGAAUGAUUUUGUUGCAUUAACCUCUGGAGAGGAAGAGGGUAAGUUUUGUCCUUUGCUUUCUGGUGUAACAGCCCCACAUGUGGUUUUUCCUUCAUCAGCAAAUAAUGUGAAUGCUAAACCAAAUACAUCACUUCUUGAAAUGCAGGACAAGCCUCCAAUUUCUGAAGUGCUAGAAGAAAAUAUUGGCAAAUAUUGCACUGAUGAUAUGCUGCCAUUGAGUUGUGAUGAAAAAGAUAUGCAAAGCCAAGUGUCCAUGUACAUGGACACUCUCCUUCCAGAUCUAAAAAAAACGCCUGUAGAAGUGGGGGACUUGUGUGAUAGUGAAUUGUACAAUGCCGAGAAUGAGACACAGAUAUCUGAAGUUGAACUCAUCAAAACAGAGGAAGAAAAUAAUGACAUUUCAUGUGAAGUUGCCACUAAGUUGACUCCAGAAGUUACUGAAGGUUCAACAGAGCACCUGCUUUUGUAAGUAACAUUCCAAGUGCAACACUGACAAGCGCAUGGACACAUGUUCAGACCUUGAGGAGAAUGAAGGCUCAUUGGUGAAGGAUUUAAGCAGUUGUCUUUGAAAUGUUAUGCCUAUUUUGUGUUGAAAAAUGUAAAAUGCAUGAAAAGUCCUUGCAUUUUUCAUGAUGCAGAAGAUUGUUCUACAUUAUUAUUUGUCAUUAUGUGUUGAAUUGAAUCUGUAACCAAGACUGUAAUGCCAUAUUGUAUAAAACUUCGUAUGGAAAACAUCUCGCUGAGCAAAGAAGAAAAACCUAACUCUUUGGAGAAGAUAACUGCUUGGUAAGACUGGCUCCACACCUGGACUCUGUAUAUUGAGGUCACAUGAUUUGAAAUCACAUUUCCUUGCACUAUUUUGUGAUACAGUAACUGUUUGUGUUAAAUUGUUUAGCAGCUGCCCACCACAGAAGGAACAGAAGAUGGGAUUCACUUCAUGUAACCAGACAUUACAAACCUGAAUGAUUCCUCUGAGCCACAAAAUACUGUUGUGUGAAGGUUUCACUUAUACAGCCGGUCAAGAUAUGCAUUAAAUAUUGCAUGGAUUUAUCUGUAAAUCUAAAAUAAAUAAUAAUUAUGACAUGGA